GUGGCAACGCAACUUUUUCCUGAGUGAAAGAGCUGGAGCUACUGCUACUACAGCUUUACAGUAAAUGCUGCUAAGCUGCUAGCUGAGCGCGGACACGCCCUGUCCUCACAGAUACAGAGAGAGAGACACACUUGAACCUGAGCGAGGUGAGGCGCGUGACGUCACUCCCACAUCAUCUCGGCGUUAGUGAAAGGAAAGGCAGAGAAUACGAGCCUGUAAAGACGUACAGAAAGUGUAUUUAUAGCUGUACGCGUGGAGACCUGAAGCUGAGGCUGUCCGGAAAGCUGCUUUAUCUCGAUUCUGUCACUUGUAUUUACCGCUGACAGGUCACUGAAAAAUGCUUCGGUGUCUUUCCGGAGCCUGGUGUAUGCGUGUGAUUGAAGGGAACAAAUCGACGUGGUAUUUUGUCCUGCUGGUGCUCGUGUAUGUUGCGUACCUGGUUUUCGGCGCUGUCGUGUUCUCCUUGGUGGAAUCGCCGUAUGAGGACUUACUGCGAGAGGACCUCGGCGCUCUGAAAAGGCAGUUUCUCCAGGACAAUGAGUGUCUGUCUGAGGAGAGACUGGAGGAAUUUUUGGCUAAAGCGCUGGAGGCGAGCAACUACGGAGUCUCAGUGUUGAAUAAUACCUCAGAAAACUACAACUGGGAUUUCACCUCGGCCUUGUUUUUCGCAAGUACAGUCCUCUCCACGACAGGUUAUGGCCACACAGUGCCUCUGUCAGAUGAGGGUAAGGCUUUCUGUAUCCUGUACUCAGUGGUGGGCAUUCCAUUCACCCUCCUAUUCCUGACAGCAGUGGUGCAGAGGAUCAUGGUGUUUAGUACUCGCCGGCCUGUGGACUAUGUGCAGCGCCGCUGGGCUCUGUCCAAGUCUUUGGUUGCAGGUGUACAUGCUGGUGUGCUGGCCAUUAUUACAAUGUCAUGCUUCUUCCUCAUCCCUGCCAUUGUGUUCAGUGUGCUGGAGGAAGACUGGAACUUCCUAGAGUCUUUUUACUUCUGCUUCAUCUCACUUAGUACCAUCGGCCUGGGCGACUAUGUGCCAGGAGAGGGCUACAACCAGAAGUUCAGGCAGCUCUAUAAAGUUGGCAUAACUGUCUACCUGCUACUGGGCCUCAUUGCCAUGCUGGUGGUUUUGGAGACAUUCUGUGAGCUUCAGCAGUUGAAGAAACUAAGGAAGAUGUUCUAUCUAAAGAAAGAGAGAACUGAAGACCGACUGAAUAUCAUAGACCACGAUCACCUGUCCUUCUCCUCUGUGUCUGAUCAGGCAGCUUCAUUCAGAGAGUAUAAGACUGAUCUCAUCACUGACGCCUUCCCCAUAGCAGCCAAUGAUGGGCCUGUGGUCAGAUGAGAUUCCUUCAGAGCACAUAGAUUUAGAUAGAUUUUUAGAGGCAGUGACCAGGUGCUUCCAAUCAGUAUAGAUGUAGACGUAAAUACAAAAAAAUAAAUAUCAAUAUCUUUAAAUUUAAUUCUUAACAGCAGUGGCAAAUAAACUGAGAAAUUAGAUAACUGUGCUUGAAGUACAGGUUAGACUUAACACCAACAUAUAUAAAAGGGAGCAAUGAUAAUGGUAGUUUUAGUAUAAUUAUCAUAGUUGUACAUAAUUUAUUGUAAGGGAAAUGAAGGCUUGAAAUUGUUUUAUUUUUAUUAUCUGAACAGUUCAAAUUGUCCUUGACAUUUAAAGCACAUGUACUGAACAGUUGCCGGAGAUAGUAGAGUAUCUUCAGGGAUUCUUUGUAAUGAACUGUUUAAAAGGGAAGAAAAUUGGAAAAUGUCACUGAGCAAUCACUGACUCACUAAAUCAUUCCAGGAAUGUGAGACUGUAAGUGUACCUCAAUCACUUCUUUCCUGUAUUACUGUAAAUAUUAUAAACUUAUUUCAUGUUUACAUGAACUGUGCUGCAAGUUGAGUUUAAGUAUGCAUAUACUUUAGUGUGAUGAAGUGUGUAAAUGAAUGUUUAUUCAGUGAUUUUCUGAGGAAAUAGGGACAGGUCCUUACUGACGUUAUGCAAUAGAGCUGUUUAAAUGUGUAUUCUUGAAAUUGCCUUAAAUAGAUAAUAUAAGAUAUUUAAAAUUUAGGUGCAGAACCUUUCAGGACCCUUAUAUGACUCAUUAUUUAAACAUUUUUAUGUUUUGUUCAUAGAUUGUCAAUUGAAUUGCCUUAACUGAUAAUUGAUGCAUCAUGCUAUACAUGCUGCAGUUAAUGUAGUUGUCCACACAAGGACGCUGUUGUGCAUUGAAUUAUAGGGACCUGAUUCUUUAAAGGCACACUGGCAGUUUCAUUGAAGUGCCAUGUUCUCCCACAAAAGAAAUGGAAAUGACUUUACUGAAUCUACAGUGACUAGUGACAAGUGAAAAGCUUUCAUCGUGCCAACAUCACCAGAGCCCCUGUUUAUGAUGAUCAAGUGGGAAAGGAUGAUUACGCCUGCUCGAAUGUUUUAAUCUGUAUUGUCAACAGCAAUGGAAGGCAUAGUACAACCCCUAUGAGCAACUUGUGAAGUUUUUACCAACAUUAAAUAGGUCACUAUUUAAACACUGGAUUUAUUCCAAUUUCCUGCUCAUGUGCAAUCAUUACUGAUAGCUCAUAUUCAGUAUUUACUGAAAUUGUAAGCUUUAAGACAUUGUCUUAAAGAAUGAUAAUAAAAAAUGACUUUAUAAUUU